AUGUGUGAUACGCAGUUUUGUCAUAGUCAUAGUUGCUGAUGUACAUGUGCCGUAAAAAAAACAUUGCGAUGUGUAGGUGUACCCACUUGUGUCCGCAAGCCAUGCUUUUAAAUGGUGCCGACCACGGAUCAAAACCAUCUUAUGCAUGUUGCUUCCAGAUAACGCCUAUGCAUUGCCGGAUUGACUAUGGCCGAUGAUGACAAUUUUGAGCCUCGGGAGCGCCGCCAGCGGAGGCCCCGUCCGCGCAUCAACAUGGGAGCACUGCAUCCAACGACAUUCAGGGAAAACUUCCGCCUCAGCGUCGAGGUCGCCACUGCACUGGAAGACCUCAUUAGCGGGACGGUGGCGCACGACACGGGCUUAAAUAUGGCACUGACACCUCGCCAGCAGCUGCUCGUGUCGUUGCGGUUCUAUGCUACCGGUGCGUAUCUGCGCCUGGUGGGAGACGGCCACGGCGUCUCCGAGGCCACCGUGUGCCUCGCCAUUCACCGCGUGACGGAUGCGAUAAUCCACCGCUGCCCAGGGGUCAUCACCUGGCCGAGCGACCCGGCGGCUCUCGGACGUCUCAAGGAGGACUUUCGACAGGUCGCCGGGCUGCCCGACAUCGUGGGGUGCAUCGACGGCACCCAUGUACGCUUCACCGUCCCCCGAGAGCAGCGGGAGGCGUAUAUCAAUAGGAAAGGCUUCCCGUCCCUCAAUGUGAUGGCUGUCGCUGCACCCGACCGCUCAAUCGUUGCAUUGAGCGUGCAUUGUGGCGGUCGGGUGCACGACGCCCGAGUUUUAGCCACAUCAGGGCUGCCCGACUAUUUCAGGAAUGGAAAUCCUGUAAUGGGCGGCAUGAUGCUGGGGGACAGUGGCUACGGCCUGCCACCCUGGCUCAUGACGCCCAUUGCAGACCCCACCACCGCCGAGGAGCGCGCAUUUAAUACCGCUCAUGCGCGCACUCGUGUGGUGGUGGAGAACGCCUUCGGCGUUUUGAAAAUGCGGUUCGGGGCGCUCGAGUUCGGGCUGCGCCUGAAAAGUGUGGCCCGCUGCGUGGCGGUUAUCCACACGUGCUUUAUCCUACACAAUAUGUGUAUCAAGGGCGGUGACUUCGGCGAAUGGCUCGGACCACUGAGGCAAGAUGAAGGAAUGGUGCAGGAGCCAGCUGACGGGGCGGCAGAGCUGCCGGCGGCAGGCGCCGAGAGGCGGGCGGGUCUUGUGCGCCGCAAUGACCUCGUGCGGCUGUUCGUACGCCAUUAGCUGGUCGAUACUCGGGCCAACCGCAGCUAGGCGACAGCAGAGUCGUCUACUCAUGGCCAGUGGCCUAUGGCUAUGUACAGUCUGUCUUAAAAGUACCGCGCAAAGUGACGGUGGAUCCAUCAAGCCUAACCUAGACCUGGGGCCUGCUAUAAUUUGAAAGUCACCGAACCAAUUGACUUGGGAAUGGAUGAGGAUGUCAAUUGCUUCGGUGACUCAACUUUAGCAGGCCCUUCCUUGGUCAGGCUUGAUGGAUCCGCCGUCACUUUGCGCGGUACUUUUAAGACAGACUGUACGUGUGCUUGAGUGUUUGUGUAUUUGUAUACGCUUGGGGAAAGGGAGAGAAGAGGGAGCGAGGGGUGUAGGGAGCGAGCGGGAGAGGGAGCGAAAGGGAGAGGGAGAGCAGCAAAUAAAAACAUGUUUGAUGGUUGCUAGCCUUUUUGUAAGGUAUUUGCGAUUGACAGUGUGUUUAUGUUUGACCUUUGAGUGAAACUUCUGUACCUACCAUGUGUAAUGGUUAGGUGUUCAUUUACAAUUCAUGUGACAUACGAUUCAGUCCAAGCCAGAACCAUGAAGAGGAAGCUUGAAACUAAUUACUUCUUAAAAUGGUUUAUUUCCUUCACAAGAAAGGAAUAAUAUAUUUGAGGCGAAUUUCAUUCACGUGAUGGCCCAUGACGUACGUACAUGUUUUACUGUCCGUACUGUCAAACCGAACUAAUUAAGUUAACCUUUUCCUUAAAAACAAAACAAACAAAUUUAGCCGGAGUCGCCACCAACUUCGACAGCUCCGGCUCCGCCUCCAUCUCCGGGCAAAAGAUGCCGGCUCCGGCGGCUCCGGAUCCAGCUCUAGCUGCGGUUCCGCAGCCCUGCUCAUAGCACAUAUGUCAGGGUUGGUCUGGGAGUUCCUCCCUGCAGCAGGUCCUCCAGGAUCUGUAAGCUGAGGUAGGUGCGGAGAAGGGUCACCUCCUCCGGCGUCCGUCUAAAGAGUGGCGUUGAGCGGAUGAGCUGGAGGCGCGCUUCAAUCUCAUCGCGGUUUCUCUCCGAUGCCUGGGACGCACCAGUCGAGAGGGCUGCGUCAGCUGACGAGGCCUCGCCGGUCGAGAGAGCCGUGGCGCUCUCCUGGGACGCUCUAGUCGAGAGGGCUGCGUCAGCUGACGAGGCCUCGCCGGUCGAGAGAGCCCGAGCCGUGACGCUCUCCUGGGACGCUCCAGUCGGGAGGGCUGCGUCAGCUGACGAGGCCUCGCCGGUCGAGAGAGCCGUGGCGCUCCCCUGGGAGUGGGACGGACCAGUCGAAGGGGCUGCGUCAGCUGACGAGGCCUUGCCGGACGAGAGAGCCAUGGCGCUUUCCUGGGGCGGACCAGUCGAAGGGGUUGUUGCGUUUGACGAGCCUGCCCUGGUCGAGGGGACGGUCGAGAGGACCGUGGUGGUUAUCGUGGUCGCAUUGGUCGCCGGAGACUGGGCGAGCGGCGUGCCCAGCCCUAUCAACCGACCGUCUUCUGUAGUGAAGUAGAUACUGGGUGCUGAUGACGUUUCUCCCGCGGUUGUCAGUGCGGUUUCUGGGCCGGCUUCUUGCUGAUUCGUCAUCAUCUGGCCCCAGGUAAUCCCGCCAGGAACCUUAAACGACGUCAGGUAGUUGUCUCUGCCUGCCGGAGUGAAAAAAAACAAAGGGAUGUAAGAGACAGCGGAUCUUGGCGCCCUUUUGCCUCAUGCUUACGAUGUUAAUCCCUUGGGUCUGGGAAGGGGUGCCGUCCCAAAGGUUUUCUUUUUUUGUCACGAUAGCUUCUAACACACUAACACAGGAGAAAAAGAGCUUAGCUCGGACAUGUCUGAUCUUUUGUUUAAGCCCUCCAAAGACAAUGCAUAAAAAAUAUUUAAUACUACUAUGUACCGUUACAUCUGAAGGCUGAAAGUAACAUACCCACGCAAUCCAUGACGGUAUCGUCGAGCUGGGUCCAGACCACUGCACCUGCCCCCGACUGGUUCUUUUGCUGGAAUUUUUCUGCAACAGAGGCCUAAGUGUACGGCGUGAAUAUUUGCUCUGUGGGGAUAUCAACCAAAACAUGUGCGGCUCGGUUCGUCAAAAGCUGUUUCUAAAGAACUAACGCCUUAAAAAAAUUGAAGUCUGCGUAUAUGAUAUAAGGUGCGUUAUUUGGUUAAAUUCCAUUGUGCUAGCACUGCAGUGUGCUUAAUUGCGGUGUCGUAGUGGUGGUAACAAUUUGUAGUACACAGGGCAGAAAUCGGGAAGACAGUCUUUUAGGGGUUUCGGUCAGUCAAUCCGUCCCCCCUAUCAAAAAUCCGUGACACCGCCCCUGCCCUGCAGGCAAAACCGUUGACGCUUCACGCUAGGUCAAAUCUGAAACAAUACUCAGAAAAGGGCGUUAAUAGGGCUAUCGAAUGCGAUUUUGCGCGACACUCUAGUUCUAUGUGUUCCCGAGUUAUGCGUUGGCUUCUUGGAAAUUGUUGACAUUCGACCUGAAAAUCGUCGAAAUUUUGCCUUCACUGGCCUCUGGUGACCUGACCUUAGACCUGACCAAAAAAGUGACCAAAGUGUACUGAAGUGUUUUCGUCAUUUUUUGCGCUCUUUCGAACGCCGCCUUCCGCGUAUCGCUACGUGGCUCAGGAGUCGAGUUAGAAGGGGGUUGUUCAACCCCCCCCCCCCCAGCAGGGCGUCGAAAUCCAGGACCCCCAGCGGGGCGUGAGUUAAUGAUCUUUGAACGAGGCCGAAAGCCGAGUUUGAGUUUCCAGGCUGAGUCGGCCUUGAAAAUUUAUUUGCACCGGCCUCGUUCUAUACAUAUUAUAUAUUUCCAUAUGGCGACAAGCCAACAGAACAAGCAGCGCGGUUGCAGUUGCAGCCCAGGAUGAACGGGUGGCUUGAUUGACAUUUCUCUGUAUUCGGUAGGCGACGGGAACAUCCAUCUGAAUGUGACUGCGCCACGUUUCGACGCGGAGCUGGAAGCAGCCAUUGAGCCUCACCUGUUCGAGUGGACUGCCAAGAACGGUGGCAGCAUUAGCGCUGAACAUGGCAUCGGCUUCAAAAAGCGCAACCUUCUCCAUCUGAACAAGACGCCGGUCGCCCUACGUCUCAUGAAGACGCUAAAGCACGCCAUGGACCCGCAAGGUAUCCUGAACCCGUAUAAAGUUUUGCCCACCGAAUGAAGUCAGCGUCAGAGUGCUGGGCUCGCUCAAUCGCUGUGAGCAGUUUUAGAGAUCGUCUUUUAGAGAUCGAUGUGGUCGGAAUGGGCUUCCAAAAAACAAUGAAAUUCUUCUUUGUUUACUGCUUAAUUCUGAAAACUAUCUACCUUGACUGCUGUAAAGAAAACUAUGAAAAAUACUCGUACAAAGAAAUGGGAAAAAUUCACGCGGAAUGGAAUUGGUUUGGCAGAGGAAUGAGGAAUGGCCAUGAUGUCCUUAAAUUAUUUUCCAGAGGCUGUUUAUGCUUGUUGCUUAUGCUAUAUGUAUUGUAUGCUAUGGCUUUUUCUUUAAAUAAAGAUAUCAUUUGUGUCUUGUCGCACUCUGCAUU